AUGAGCCGAGAAGGGUCGGCAUCACAGUUGGUCUCGGGACCGGUUUCUUCACCCACAGCUCGAGCGCCAAUACCUGGAGCAUCCCAGUCAACAUCAAAAUGGAACCCGCAGAGUUUAGGGUCGAGGUUUGCCGUAGAUGCAGCCAGCGCAGCUGGGUCUGCUGCAUUGAUAUGUCCGCUUAUCACCAUUAUUGACAAGUCUAUUAUCGAGAAAGCCGCGAAGGGUCUUCCCAUCCUCCAUAGUCUUAAAUCGUCACUGGUCGCGAUCGUCAAACGGCCUCAUGGUUUUCUUAUUUCAACCCCGUUUCUCCUCAUAUACACCCUAUACGGAUCCACAUACUUAACAGCUAAUGUCAUCGACACCAUUACGUCGACAAUGGAUGACCGCAAAUUUGCCCAUGUCUCAGCGGGCCCUGCCAAAUUCAUUUGUACGGCUGUUGUCAAUAUGUCCAUAUGCGUUUACAAAGACGCUCGAUUUGCGCGUAUAUUUGGAGCGCAGGGCACGGCUCCAGCGCCGAGCACACCACCAAAGUCGACGGGAAUGCAAAAUCUGAAGCAAAAUUCUUCUCAGAGCGUUCCUUCUGUAUCCACUACCAAAACAUCUUCUCAGACUUUGCCAAUGCCUAAACGCUCAUUUGCUCUUUUCUGCCUCCGCGACAGUAUGACAAUAUUCGCAUCCUUCAACCUCCCCACACUUCUUUCGCCCCACAUCCCAGAUAUCCUCGCCUCCACACCAUCCUCCAAAUCUGCUCUGGCCCAAUUCUCCAUCCCGGCGUCCGUCCAGUUUUUCAGCACACCGUUUCAUCUGUUAGGUCUGGAUCUUUACAAUCGCCAACCACCCGGCGGGCUAAAUGCAGCAGAUAGAUGGGCCCGGAUCAAAAGGGAUUGGGCACCAAGCGUCAUGGCUCGUAUUGGACGAAUAGUCCCCGCUUACGGAUUCGGUGGUGUGAUUAAUACCAAACUCAGAAUGACCAUGAUGAACUCAUUAGAGGAGAAGGGACGUGCGAUAUAGAAUCGAAUGAUUGUGCCGAACCGAUGUUGCCAGAAUCGACGCUCCGAGGAACUUAUAUAGAUACGACCUUUUGAUAUAACGUAUAGUACAACGACCCACUAGACUAACGACUGCGAAAAGAAUAUAACGAAUUAGAUACCCUCAACCUCGAUGUCGCCUCCAUUAUUUUGCGUCCUUAACACACUCAACGCCUCCUCACCCCUCACAUACAUUGGAAUGCAUCGACAUCGAACCAGGAUACUAUUUUUCCUCAUUCUUUUCUAUCUAUGAAGUGAUACCCUAACAACACGUUUGUCCAUCUAUAAACUUUCUUUGCAUUCUUCUGCCAGGUUCAUUGAAAAUUACUUUAUUCCGUUUUGAAUAGCGCUGAUGCACAUACAAAAGAUUGCAUAUAUAUUGAUAGAUAUAAACUACAAAGGUAUAGAUAUGUAAAUAUGUACCGAUAUUCGUUGUCGCUUUGUCUUUCCAAAAAAAAAAAAAAAGUUCCUGUUAUAUAAUGGAGCGGGUGAAUUGAACAUAUUUAAAGUUAUACAUACAAU